AUGGAAAGCAAUCAAGCAAACAAUUCUAUCGGUGUAAUCUCACCUCAAUACUGCACACCAUAUCAAGUUGAUCUUUAUUUUGCGAAGAAAGUCAAAAAUAUAACAGAAGGUAGGCACUUGGGAGUUUUUGGUAUCGAUGGGAAUCACAUCUUCCGGAGUUCCUGUCGUAUCUCUAAAGCCUGUGAAAUUUCUCCACAUCAGAGGUGGAAAGCACAUAAUGGAGAUAGCUCAGACUCUAAGGAUCUGUUGUUUACAAUAAAGAAAUCUAAGUAUCUACAACUCAAGAUUGAAUUGGAUGUGUUCUUAGCAUCAAACACAACUGAAAAUGUAUGUGACUUUAAGAUUAAGCAAAACUAUAGUGAAAAAUCUUGUGUCAUCUAUCGAGGGGAUUCGGAUAACAUCAUUGCUGAGGUGCACAAAAACAAGAUUUCCAGGGAUAAAAUUCGUGGGAAGGACAGAUUCUCAGCCACUGUGUACCCGGACGUUGAUUAUGCGUUUGUUAUUGCUAUGCGUGCGGUUCUUAAUGAAAUAAAUACUCUUAGUAGGGCAGGUGGGGGGAGUGGCGGAACGGUUGUAGAAGUCUGUGGCGGAGAUGGGUGUGGUGGUGGUGGUUGA